AGCCAGUGGGUUCUUCACCAGGACGGGUUCAUGUAAGUUGUAACCUGCCGUUGUUUAUAGCCCUCUUGGCCUCUCGUUUCCGCAUUCAACGAACGAAACAAAAACCUUCACCUACCACUUUAUAAAACCCGUUUCUCUUCUUCUCUUCUCUUCUCAUUUCCCCCUUCACUCUUUUGUGCCCUCCACAAGACACACAUUUCGUUUCACUCAUGGCCGGUGAUACCAAGAGACAUUGUUUCUCUCCAGAGGACGAUGCUCUCGCUUCUUUCGCUGACGUGGACCUUGGCUAUUCCCACUUCCAUUACCAACAACAACACGCUUUCGUUUCAAGAACAUUGGGUUACGGCACUUUCUACCACCGAGGACUCAGAACCCAUUCAAUCUUUUCGCCAAGAUCUGCCAGAUUCCAAGAUCACAAUCACAAACCCCACUUUCUUGAUUCUUGUUUUCGUUGCAAGAAGCCGCUCGGGGGUAACAGAGACAUCUUCAUGUACAGAGGGGAUACGCCUUUUUGUAGCGAAGAGUGUAGACAAGAGCAAAUAGAAAGAGACGAAGCCAAGGAGAAGAACAAGAACCUUUCUUCUUCCAUGAAGGCUUUAAGAAAAAAGGAACAGAGAAAAUCGGUCUCCCCAAACAAGACCCAGAAUUACUCGUUUCAUACAGGGACGGUUGCUGCCGCCUAGUUGAAACAUGUAUGGUAAUAGGCUAUUAAGAGAAAAGAAAAAACAGUUUAACCGCUACGGCUUUCUCGAAAAAGAAAGGGAAAAAGAAAAAAGAGAAAAACAAAAUGAACAAAACAAAGUAGAAGUGAAGUUUCAAGUUUACUUUCUUCCCACAAGGAAGGGUCAAGAGAGAAGAGAUCUUCAGAAAAAAGAAUUUUUGUUCAUGAAGCUGUAUAUGGUAAUACGUGUAGAGAAGAAGUUCGUUGCGUGUGGGAUCCUCUCUCCCAAAUGGCUCAUUUUUUUCCUUUUUUUUCUCUUUGUUUUUCUUUUUUAAAUAUAUAUAACGUUUUAGUUAUAUGUUGUUGUGGUGUUUGAUAGUUUCAAAGUUUUAACAAAGAAACUGAAUACUCACUGAAUUGCUAUUUCUUUCA